AUGGCGACGGCAACGAUAACGACAGCGGUGCCGUUGGCAUCGGUCUCGACCAACGCGACGAUUGGGGACGGGACCGCGACGAUUCCGCUGGAAAGACAGAGCCAGAUCAGUGUCGUUGCGGUGUCCAUUGUUUUCAUCAUCAUUCCGACGAUGGCGCUGAUCUUGCGAUUGAUGGCGAGGCGCAUGGCACACAGGGCUUUGGAUGCGAGCGAUUACUGCAUUACCGUAGCAUGUGUCUUUUCGCACGCGCUGCAACUUGUCUCGAUAUUCAGUGUCACUCAGGGCGGAGUUGGGUACCUCUUCCGAGAGAUCAUCCCCAAAUAUGGACGGGGUCCUAUCAUCAAGUUUCUCCAACUUCUUGUUGUUCAGCAAGUCCUUUGGGCUGUCAGCCUCAGUCUGUGCAAGAUUGCCAUCCUCCUUCUCUACACCAAACUCUUCUCCACACGGCGCAUGAUCUUAGCCGCGAGGAUCAUGGCAGGAUUCACCGUCAUCUGGACCGCCGUGGCUGUAUUGGUGGCCUUCUUCAUCUGCCGACCUUUGUCCGAUAAUUGGCUUCUCGACCUCAAGAACAGAAACUGCGGCAACCAGCCUGCGGCAGAUGGAACUCUGGGGGUAGUGAACUUGAUGACAGAUAUCAUUGUCCUGAUCAUGCCGGUAUCUUACUUAUGGCGACUCAAACUGGAGACGUACCGAAAGGUUGCUCUCAUUGCGACUUUCUCGCUAGGAGUUUUCACGUGUAUUGUAUCAGCUCUUCGUCUGUAUUACCUUGCACACCUAAAGUACACCGACGUGACUUUCGGCAUCCCCAAUGCGCUCAUCUUCAGCGCUCUUGAGCCCGGCGUCGGUAUCACUCUGGCUUGCAUACCGUUUCUAAGACCGUUGCUCGGCCGGUCGCAAUAUUCACCAAAGGGGACCGCACAGUACUACACCACGGCAGGCGGUUCGGAUCGCACUUCAAGACGUGUUUCGGGCAGGGACGGUUUCGCACUUGUGGCUGAUGCUGAGAACUCAUCGUCAUACCAACUCCAACAGUACGGGCAACGAGACUCCAUGCCCUCAAUGCCCAGCAAGGCGCACACAAGCAUGAGCAGCAGCAUCCAAGAUCGUUAUUGA